AUGCGUCCACCCGUGCAUACUUUCCAUGUAAUUCCUUCACCCACUGCAAAGGAUGCAGUUAACCCUUUCCGGAGCUGGAUUGUCAGUGGGCUGGACUCGCCGCUCCAGCUAAAACUGGCUCUGCCCACUUGGCGGGAUCCCCCUAAGUCCCCUCACCCCCGGACAGACCACGCUAUUUCUUUUCCCUUCUUACUCUGGACGGAUGAUCAAACGUGUUGGAGUAACUUUCUACAGGCAAGUGGCAACGAGAAUGAUCACUCUCCCCAGCGGGAAGAACAGGUUCUCCGAGUCGCUCGACGUGACUUGAUAAACCCAAGAUUCACAGACGUCGCCGAGCCACCCGCGCGGGGGGAUGCAUGUGAGCACGCCGCCAGGGGCGUCGCUUCUUCUCCAGUCCGCGGCUUGGGGCCACGCGCUGGGGACCUGGGCUCUGGGGCAUCUGGCGAGCCGGCCGUCUGCCCACGGGCAGUGAGGCCCUCCAGCCUCGCCGCGGCCCGAGUCCUCCGGGCCACCCCCUCGGCCUCGCGCCGCCUGGAAGCGUCGGCUGCCCGCCCGCAGAUGUCGCUGCCCCUCCGGCUGCCCUACUGCUACCCAGCGCGGAGGUGGCGCGGCGCCCUCUGGCUCUCCUAUAUCUGCGCCCCUGUCACGCCCCCGCUUUCCCCGCCUGCCUACCGGGGCUCCACCCGUAGCACGAAGGCAGCGCUGCGGAGGGCUGCUUGGAGGCGGCAGCCUGGACCCGGGCCAGAAGCUACAGGGGGCGCGCCCCGAGGGGCGGCACAGACGCCACCCCCUAGGCCGGGCGUCCCGGGGCCUGGAGUGCGUCUGCCUCGCCACCCAGGCCUGGCCCUCUGCCCGCCCGCGGCCCCUCUCCCACCCCGCCCGCAGGGUCCUCGCGCCCCGCUCCUCAGAGCCGCGCGCGACCGACCCGCAGCCCGCCUUCCCCGCGCGCCUCGGCAGUUACCGGCCACCGCGUAG